AUGACGGCGGGAUGCCGAGAGACGGUUGCAAAGAAUGCUCGCGACGUCGCAUCAAGUGCGACAAAGCCACGCCUGAGUGCGCGAAGUGUCUGAAGAAGGGUAUCAAAUGUACCGGUAUCGGCCGCCAUAUCAGGUUUGUCGAGGGUGCCAUCUCAANNAAGGGAAAGCGCAAAGGGCAAACGAUUCCUGAUGUUCAAAACUUUGCGACACGUCUGAGCCAGCAUCUGCAAAUCGCGCCCGUAGCAAGGUCACGUACAGCCACACAAACAGAAGCACCCGAGCAAAUCGCCAUUGUUGAUUCAGCUGUUGAGACUAUCAGCAACCUCGGAGGCAAUAGUAUUGGAGCUGACGCUGACGACGAAGAUGUUGAGGAGAUUGUACCCGUCACUCGUCAGAGACAAGAUUAUCAAUCAACAUACACCCCACUGGACGAUAGCACUACCAUCUCUUUCAGCAUUGACCCCGGCGCUGAUCUGAGACUGGAGUUGCUGAAGCCUGGUAUACAGAUGCUCUUCAAUCAUUUUUCGCACAGCAUUGCAUCUAUCAUGGUCAUUUUUGACACUGGCUCCAAUGGAUAUCGUAAUUUUUUGCUUCCAAUGGCUUACCAGGACGACCUUGUACAGCGUGCAGUGUCAGUUGUCGCUGCCUUUCACCUGUCAACGAAAAGACCAGAUCUUCUCCCUCUUGCAGAGACUGGACGUUCUGAGAUUAUAAAGAGAUUACGUGCAGACGCGUUCGCUAAAGAAAGCAGUAAAGUCUUUAGCACGUCUACUUGGGCGACGCUCAUCCUUCUCUUGGUCGGAGAAACGGUCACUGGCUCUCGAGAUUUCAUUCAUCUCUAUCCUAUGCUCACCAAUCUUCUAAGUCAUAACAAACUCUUAGAAUCAGAACCGUCAGCCGAACGAGGGUUUUUGCUACAACAGUCUAGAAUCUCAUCCUGUCUAGGUNUCCAACUUUUCACCCCACCUCUUCUUGAUCUCUCCCAAGGCCGCAAAACCUUUGAGAAAGAUCUAGAUUUCUACUUCGAUUUCAUAUUCAGUCAACAAUUUCCAGAUAACCCGAGUGUCUUUGAGAACACAGUCAUCUUCCGUCAGGCAAUCAACCAAGCAAGGAACAUAUACAUGCGCCAAGCUUUGGACGACUAUCAACAAGGCCAACUCUAUACCGACAUUGAGCAACUGCGUCAAUUGGUACUGCCCAUCCAUGCGGAUAGUCCUUGCAUGCACACACUGCCGUGGGUCUACUUCGUCGCAGCGGCUUCCAGCCAGAGCCAGGAUCAUAGAAACUUCUUUGCCGGUAGACUUGCCCAGGUCUAUGAGAAAACACAGUUGAACAGUAUCAUUGUGGCCCUGGAACGUCUCGAACAGAUAUGGCUACUGCAACCGAACGGCGAGUGGGCUCGAAAUCCCAGCUUGGUGGAGCCAGUCCUGAUAAUA